UCCGGAAGUUGUUCUGUCUCCAGCCUUCUGUGUGUCUGACUGGUUGGUCUGUUUACUUCAGCCACUGCUGGAUCCAUGAAUAACAUGAAUAUCUGAUGUAGCCUCAGCACACGCUCCUCAGGAUGUCUCUGAGAUGCUUUCAGAGGAGGCAUUUUCCAGCCCUCUCCUCCAUAUCUCAAUCCAGCAUCAUCAAGAUCUGCUCAGCAAGAAAACACUCCAGUCCCAGACGUGUGGUGAUCACCGGCAUCGGCCUCGUGUCUCCGCUCGGGACAGGAAGUGCUCUUGCAUGGCAGCGUCUGAUUGCUGGAGAAAGCGGAUUGGUUGCUUUAAACGGAGAGGAGUAUAAAAGCAUCCCGUGUAAAGUAGCAGCUCGCGUCCCGAGAGGAGAAAAACCUGGAGAUUUCGACCAAGAAUCAUUCGCAUCCAAAGCAGAAAUCAACAGCAUGUCUCAGGCUACAGUGAUGGCGAUUGGAGCUGCUAGUUUAGCUCUAAAUGACUGUGGAUGGUAUCCCAGAAGCCCUGAGGAGCAGGAAAGCACUGGUGUGGCGGUCGGGAUGGGUAUGGUUCCCCUGGAGGAGAUUUAUCGCACCGCUUCCGCCUUCCAGACACGCGGAUACAGCAAAGUCAGCCCGUUUUUUGUGCCGCGGAUACUGGUGAACAUGGCAGCAGGACACAUCAGCAUCAAACACAAACUGAAGGGUCCCAAUCAUGCCGUGUCCACCGCCUGCACCACAGGAGCUCAUGCUGUCGGUGACGCUGCACGGUUUAUUUCUCACGGUGAUGCUGAGGUGAUGCUCGCCGGUGGGACGGAGGCCUGUAUCGGACCACUCGCCAUCGCUGGGUUUGCUCGCGCUCGGGCUCUAAGCACUAGCUGGAACCAUGAGCCCAGGCUGUCCUCGAGGCCAUUUCACCCGGACAGAGAAGGGUUUGUGAUGGGAGAAGGGGCAGCGGUGCUGGUUCUGGAGGAGUUCAGUCGUGCGCAGCGGAGAGGAGCGCGGGUCUAUGCUGAGAUCAUGGGUUACGGGCUCUCUGGAGACGCCAGCCACAUCACUGCACCCACCGCGGACGGAGAUGGGGCGUUUCGGUGUAUGUCUGCCGCUCUCCGCGAUGCAGGAUUAACCUCUUCAGACGUGACCUACAUCAACGCUCACGCCACCUCCACGCCACUAGGAGAUGCUGCAGAGAACGCUGCCAUCAAGAGGCUGUUUGAGCCGAGUGUGGUUUCUCUGGCUGUGUCGUCCACUAAAGGAGCGACCGGUCAUCUGCUGGGGGCGGCGGGGGCACUGGAGACUGCAUUCACUGCCCUCGCCUGCCAUCAUGCCAUCCUGCCCCCGACGCUCAAUCUGGAUCGCACCGAACCAGAGUUUAACCUUAAUUACGUGCCCUGUGCAGCGCAGGAGUGGAGAACCAGCGGACAGAGAAUCGCCCUCACAAACUCAUUCGGCUUCGGUGGAACCAACGCUUCUCUCUGUCUCGCAAGUGUGUGA